AUGUUCGACCUCUCCAAAUUCCAAGACGACAUCGGCCAACUGGCCGGCCUCAAAACCUACACCCACCUCUUACUAUCAUUCCCCAUCCCAGACCGACACGCCCAAAGGGCAGCCAUCACCGCCCUAUACACAGCCACCGGAACUCUCAUCUCCGAAUUCCCUUGGCUAGCAGCCGAGGUCGUGCACGAGGGCCGGACCCCCGGCAACUCAGGCACCUUCCGACUACAGUCGUGUCCCGAGUUCAGCCAGCCGGAAGACCUCGUCAUCGUGCGCGAUGCCUCGAGCAUCUGCCCGUCCUACCAAGAGAUUUGCGCCGCGCGAGGGCCAUGCUCAAUGCUGCCCGUCAGCGCGCUGGGACCCGUGGUCUCAUUCCCGGAGCGAUACGAAGACUCGAGCAUCGAGCCGGCGCGCAUCUUCAUCAUGCAAGCCAACUUCAUCGAGGGCGGGCUCCUCCUCGACCUGGCCGCGCAGCACAACUUCAUCGACGGCGGAGCUCCCCGCGCCCCAGCCAGCUGGCACUUCUUCCAAGUCCCCGCCAAACAAAUGACGCAGAUCAAGCAGCGCGCCAACACGGAACUAGCUUCCUCCUCCCUCCACAAGCUCAUCCCCCUCGUCUCCACCAACGACUCCCUCUGCGCCUUCCUCUGGAAACGCAUCGCCGCGGCCCGCCGCCGCCAGAGGCCGCAGCCGGCGCACAGGCGCACCAAAUUCUCGCGCGCCGUCGACAGCCGCCGCGCCAUGGACGUCUCCCCGGAGUACAUGGGCCAGAUGGGGUACAACGCGUCGACGCGGGUCAGCUACGGGGACCUCGACGCGAUGACCCUGGGCGAGACGGCGGGCGUGCUGCGGGCGCAGGUGCGCGAGGUCAACCACGCGUACGCCGUGCGCAGCUGGGCCACCUUCAUCGCGCAGGAGCCCGACAAGUCGACCAUCAUGUUCGGCGGCGACUUCGACCCCGAGACGGACGUUGGGGUGUCCUCGUUGGCGCAUACGGAGCUGUACAGUUGUGGGUUUGGGGAUGUAUUGGGCCACCCCUCGCUGGUGCGGCGGCCGACCUCGGCGCCGUUCGAGGGGUGCGUGUAUUUCUGGUCGCGCACGGAGAAUGGUGAUCUGGGCGUCAUGGCGUGUUUAAAUGAGGGGGAUGUCCGGGCGUUGAGGCGAGAUCGGGACUGGGGGCGGCAUGUGGAGUAUAUUGGAUAG